AUGAAUCUGUAAAAAGAAAUUAAGCUCAAAGAAAUGUAACAAUAGCAGUUAUUGAAAGUAGUGAUAGGCAGGAGAAUCAUGAGACAUUAGAAGAUUUGUUUGCAGUCUUAGUUUUCAAAGUAGUUAUUCACCUAUUGGAGAUUAAUAUCCUGCAAUCAGAAAAUUAUUACAGCUAAACAGCAUUAAAUGCUAGAAUUUUCAAAAAAAAUAGAGACUUUAAAUAAAACCUAUCAAAGUUAAAAAGCAAAAGCUUUAAAAUAGCUUUCAGUUGCAUUAGUGUCAAAUCUAUACAAUAGAUUCAUUGGAUUUUCUUUCAAUAAAAUUAGAUAAGACAAUUAAGAUGAUUUAAAGCAAUUUUAUACAGACACUGAUGCUUCUCUCUUGUCAGUCAAACUAGAAUCAGAGCAUUUAUGUCGCUUAUUCUUCUAAAAUUUCAAUAAGGCAUAAAGCUAAAUCAUAAUCUUUAGAGUACUGGAUCCCUCAAUCUUUAUUGAGUAAGAACUUGGGACGUUUAUCGAAACUUUCAAACUAAAGAUUAGGGAAAUCCAAAUAACUUCAGUCAAACUUCAAUACCCAUUUCAUUAGAUAAAAAGUUCAACUGAAUUUUAGAAGAUAAAGUCAUUUCUGAAGCUUGAAAAUGUCAUUUAAAAGCAAUGCAAGACAGAUGUGAAGUUGGUAAGAGCUUUUAGACUCUGGCAAAAACAACUUUUAAAUCACUAUCUUGAUUGCAUCUCUCAUCAAAUGAGAUAGACAAAGAAAAAGGUUUUAAACUAAAGAUUCCUCUUCAUUACUAAGAAGAUACAAUUUAGAAUGAGGAAAGCCUUUCUAAGAUGGAACUAUCAAGCAAAGCUCUUAAGUCAAGAUAUGAUCUUCCGAUUUGACUUAUAAUCUUGUUUCUACAAGCAAAAUUUUGGCGCAUUAAAGAUUCUUAACAGAUUCUUAAUGUUUCGCAAGUAGACAAUGACAAUUCCUCAGUCAUCUAAAUCAUUAAUGAUGGCAUUCUAAACAUGGAAAAUAAAUACUGGAUUUUUAAUGCAAUAUGAUUAUGUACUAAGAAGUAGGUAAAGAAGCAUGCUAAUGCUUGUUAGUAUAAUGCAAAAGAAUCUGGGUGCUCAUAAGAACAUUGCUUUUUGGAGGAUCAAAGAAGAUAGUGAUAGCAAUAGAAAGCACUCUGCCAAGAAACUGAAAAACCCAAUUGGUGUUAGUAAUAAUAGUCCUUUUUAUAAAUCUAUUAUAAUCCCAAGACUAGAUAUAUCAUAGAAAGCAAAGCAAAUUUAAAAGACAAAUCAGGCAAACAAUAAAGAAUGUAGGAAACUGCUUUUCAGAGUGGAAAAUGUUUUCAAUCCUGAAAAGAGAGGUGAUUAAUUAGUCCCAAUAAAACAUGAGGAAAUAAAGCUUCAGAAGAAGAUGGGAAAAUCCAAUGAUCAAUCUUUGAAGUGUGGCUACCAGAUACUAAAGAUUAUUUAUAAGAACAAGAAACUAAAACUAGAAAAAUUACUAGGUUAAAAAGCUGAGAAGACUUAUUUCAAACGAUGGCAAGAAAAUAUAAGAGAGAAUUAGUCUAAGGAUAAGCUUAUGAAAGACAAAUUUAAGAGCAUUUUAUCUAUUUACAAAGAACAAUAGCAUAAAUCACUACUUUUUUCUAUGAAUAAAUGGAAGCGACUGAUCAUUAAGAGGGAUAAUGGUUCACUGUAUACUAGAGAUUUAUAGCACAUCAAUAACUCUAUAAUUUUAACACAAUCCUAAAUAAACUAUUCCAUAGAAUAGAAAAUCCAGUAAAAGCUCUAUUUUAUAAAAUCUAAUAAGAACAGCAAAGAAAUUAUUCACUUUGUUUCAAUCUUAGAGAGGCUUUAGAAUUCUUAGGUAAACUAGGCAUUUUAGGAAGUGAGGCACUUUGCUUCACAAUAUAUAACUAACCAAAAGCAUAUUAGAGAUAAAUUUGAGAUAAUAGAGUAGGAAAAGUAGGUAAUGGAAGAGGAGUAUGGUAAUGCACUUUCAUUUAACGAAGACUUAUAAUGCUAAUUCGAAGCAAUCAUAAAGGUUAGCUGCUCUAAUUGUUUUUAAACCAGGUAAGCCUACAUAGACUCUCAGUACAAUUCAAAUGGAUCAAAUUAUCAGCAAUAUCAAUAGCAUUAAAUCAACUAAAGGCCGAGUGUAAUAGUAGAAUAAGAGAUUGAGAGUUCCCUUUCAAAUAUGGAACUCACAAGAACUGAUAAAAGUUUGAAGAGGCCUUUGGAAAUGUACAUGCUUUAGAACUAGUAACAAUAGAUAUUCAAACAAAGUGAUAGUUAGGGUAAUCUACAGCAUAUGUAAGACCCAAACAAUUUCAGAGAAGACAGAGUAAGCUUCCCUCAUCAAAACCAAAAUAACAUGAUGAUUUCGACAGGCACUUCGAACUUUGGCUCAGCGCACUAAAGUGGCAGAUCUACCACGGAUUUAACUAGAGGCUCACCGUCAAACCUCUAAUCUCGGUUGACUUCUGACACCAAUGCAAGCAACUUUAUGCAAGGGAGAAGAUUCACCUUCAGUCCAAUGAUUGGUCCAAACGGGAUAAUUUCCAACCCAAAUUACUAGGUGAUAUAGGAGUAGUAAAAUGAAUGUGAAAGUAGUUUCAAAACUGAGAACUCCAACAAUAAAGACAUUGUGCAUUAGUAUUUUGAUUUCUUGCACAAAGAGAACGAGAACCUUAACAUGGGUAUAUACCAGCUUGAAUCACAAAUAGAUGAAGAAAGCAUAAGGUUCGAAAUGGAUAUGAAUGAAAUGCUGCAGCAAUAUAAUAGUCUUUAAGAAGAGAUCAAAGAGUAUGAAAGUUUCUAAGCAAAUGUUAAUAAUCAAGAUAAUCAACUUGCAUCUAUCAAUGAUGAAGAUGAAGAAUUUAAUAACGACAAUUUUUGA